AUGCCUUUUAAUAUUGAAGAGUAUAAAGUCGUGAAGACUGAAGAAGCUUUCUUAGUCGACCAUGACUAUACUAAGACACAAUCAAAGAUGCAGUUUAAAAUAGAGGAUGAAGAUGUGAAGACUGAGGAAGUCAAACAAGAAGAUACUGAGGAACAACAAACAGAGAUUGUGUAUAUUAUAGAAGAGACUGAAGGAUCUUUCAGAGUCAAGCGUGUAACAGAUUUCGGUCAGAAGGAAAACUUUAAUAACCACAUGAGAAAUCACUCUGAAGAGAAGCCGUUCAGAUGCCCUCACUGCGAAAAGGGGUUUAUACUGGAGAAAAAACUUACAGCCCACUUGAGAGUUCACACCAGAAACAAUCCUCACACCUGCAAAAAGUGUGGGAAGAGUUGCUCAUCCAAAGCUCAUCUGAUCACUCACAUGAGAGUCCACGCCGAAGACAAGCCUCACUCCUGCAAACUAUGUGGGAAGGAUUUCACAGGAAACGGUCAACUAAUGGCUCACAUUAGAGGUCACACUGGAGAGAAGUCUCACACCUGCGAUCUGUGUGGGAAGAGCUUCAUGAAUAAAGGAAGCCUCAAGGCUCACAUUAGGGUUCACACCGGAGAGAAGCCUUACAAGUGUCCUCAGGAGGAGCUUCUCUCACACUGUGCCAAGAGGUUUAGAAGAAGCGGCAUUGAUCUGUUUGCUCUGGAGAAAGAAGAUUCGGCUGAUCUGUCUAAUAAAAACAUCAUUCACAUCAUAAAGUAA